AUUACUACGCCAUCGCUUGUAGAGAAUACAGCUAUGUGAUCGACCGCUAAUACAUUCUAUUUCGUUGCGUCCACACAAAAAUAUUUCGUGUUCUUGAGGUUCAACUCUAAAAUAUCAUGAGCGCUCCGGAGGUCGGAAAAGAGGAGGUCAAACAAAUUUGGAAAGGCAAAACACUCCUUUUCCAAUCGUUUAGACUGUCUGACGGAUUCUGGCAGCAUUAAAAGUAAAAAAAAUAGGAUGAGAGGAUCGAGUAAAAGUUCCGGACGUCCCAUACCCAUUCCUUUAGAACCUCUUAAAGAAGGCCAUAGAAUUGAUCCGCUGGAAAGACUAUUUCUUGAGGCAGCUGAAAGGGGAGAUAAACAUACAGUUAUAAGAUGUCUGCACGGUCCAAGGCCUGUCAACGUUAAUUGUACAAAUAUUCUCGGCAGAAGCGCCAUUCAAAUAGCGGUUGAUAACGAGAAUGUGGAAUUAGUCGAACUACUACUCAAGCAGGACGGUGUUCGAAUAGGGGAUGCCCUCCUUUACGCUAUCCGCGAAGGCGUCUACAGAAUCGUCGAGAUGCUAAUCGAUCAUCCGUCCAUAACUAGGGACAUGUUGGGUAACGCUUGGGCUGGUUAUAAAUUGGAAGAAAACUCUGGAAUCGAAAGUUCUGAUUAUUCGCCGGAUAUCUCACCAAUAAUGCUUGCUGCCCAUUGCAAUCAGUUUGAAAUUUUGCAGCUGUUAAUCUCCAGAGGUGCCCGAAUAGAAAAACCCCAUAGGCUUACUUGUUCAUGUACAAGAUGUAAGGAGGAGGUGCAGUCCGACUCUCUGAGAUACUCCUUAUUACGGAUCAAUACAUACAAGGCCCUCGCCAGUCCGGCAUGGAUUUCCCUAACGAGUCCUGAUCCAGUUUUAUCUGCUUUUAAACUUUCUUGGGAUCUGGAAAAAUUGGCUAUGAGAGAGAAUGAAUUCAAGGAUAUCCUUAAUGAACUGAGUGAACAGUGUAAAAAAUAUGCUUGCGACCUCCUCGAUCAGUGCAGAUCUAGCGAGGAGGUUAUUGCGGUCCUAAAUAAAUCAUCCGAUAGCGACAACGAAGGCGAUGAUUCGGACGAAGAGGUCGAUUGCGAGAGGCUGACUCUUGACAGGCUGAAAGAGGCCCUCAAGUACGAACAAAAGCAGUUUGUCGCCCAUCCUCAUUGCCAACAAUUACUCGCUUCAAUAUGGUACGAAGGUUUACCAGGAUGGAGGAAAAGCAAUUUCUUUGUUAGAACAGUCAUAAUCGUCAUACUUAUCGCUCUUAUGCCUUUAAUGGCCGUCUACUAUCUCAUUUUCCCAAGAUCCCGAUUGGGUCAGUUAAUUAGGAGUCCAUUUAUGAAAUUUAUGUAUCAUUCGGCGUCAUUCGGAGUAUUUCUAUUCCUGUUGAUAUUGGCCUCGAUAAAUAUGGGUUCUCGGGAACAAACUCAAAUACAGAGGAAACAACGGCGAGGUCCUGCCUUGAGUCCUCUCGAAUGGCUAGUCUUCCUCUAUGUAAUAGGCUUCAUAUGGAGUGAAUGCAAACAGCUGUGGGAUGAGGGCUUAAAGGCUUACAUCCGCCAAUGGUGGAAUUGGCUAGACUUUAUUAUGCUUUCUUUAUAUUUGUGCACGUUUACUCUUCGAUUUGUCGCUUUUAUACAUUCUUUGGACGAAGAACAGUAUGGACCAAAAAUGUUACCAAGGACCAAGUGGCCGAGUAACGAUCCAACUCUUGUCUCUGAAGGAGUUUUCGCGAUAGCCAACGUCUUCUCCUUUGCUCGAAUUAUUUAUUUAUUCCAAGCUAAUCCAACGCUCGGUCCGCUCCAGAUUUCUCUUGGUUGCAUGCUAAUUGAUAUUGGAAAGUUUCUAUUUAUAUUCUUUCUCGUUUUAACAUCAUUCGCCUGCGGCCUCAACCAAUUGUACUACUAUUACACGGAUUCUGAUAAAACUCAAGGCGCCGUUAUUGUCGAUAACGGAAAGGAAUACGAGAACGCUUUUGAUCCUCUAUUACAAAGUUACAUCACUCUAUUCUGGGCCUUGUUUGGUCUGACACCUUUAUCAACGGUUAGGGAGAGUUCAGUGCACGAAUUGACGAAAUCAGUGGCGGAAGCUUUAUUUAUGGCUUAUCACGCCAUGGCAAUUAUUGUUCUCGUAAACAUGUUGAUUGCCAUGAUGUCUAAUUCUUUUCAAGAUAUUCAGGAUCACGCGGAUCGGGAAUGGAAGUUUGCAAGAUCUAAAUUAUGGAUGGGAUACUUUGAUGAAGGGUCAACAUUACCGACGCCUUUCAAUCUAAUUAUUAGUCCCAAAUCUAUAUAUUACUUCUUAAAAAGAGUCAGGAGGCUAGUACAAAGCUGUCUUGUCAGUAAAACAGACAAACCGAGGAGAAAAUCGAAUGAAAUGCAUAAUAAGACUUACUGCACUUUACACGAUUACGUAAGUUCAUUUUCAUUCAUAAGAUUAAAGGAAUAGUUGACAAUCAUCAUUUCUCUCCUUAGUUUAUAUAAAUUUUUUACCUCUAUUCUUUUAUUCUUCUAGGAUCCUUUCUUGUUAUUUGUUUCAUUAAUGAGAUGUAAUAAGCUUACUUUUAUAACUUGGAUUUUAUAUUAUCAUAAUCGUUAUUUUUCAUCUGAAAUAAUGCUAUUAUUCAUGUUUUAGAGUUUUAAACGUUUAUCUUAGACAGAUAGAAAUAACUUUGAGUUUUUAUUAGAUUUAGUUACUUUUUUUAACGCUUUUCCCCUCUUUCUUUCUCUCUCUCUCUCUCCUCAUUCUUUUUUACCAUAAGAUUUUCCCCUGUUCUUUUUAACCUUCAGAACCAGCAUGGAAUUUCUACCAUUUCCAAUCAUGUUCAAGCUUUAGAUAAUCCUGCUAUGACGCCAUCUAGCGCCAGUGAUUUUGAGGUACAUUGAAUUGUGUUGUUUGGAGUAAGAGCACUAUGAAGUGUAGCAGUGUAUACAAACAGAGUAAUAGGGAAAGUAUGUCAAAAAAAAAACCCGAAUUAAUGGGCGAAGAAACAGAGGACAGCGAAGCGGGAGUGCUGAUAAGUAGGAGCGGAAAUAGUUGAGGAUGAGAAGGAAGACGACUAGCAAAAUCGACAAAAAUCAAAAGAGAAAUAUAAAUACAUAGCGGACGAUGUUGCAGUUAUUCAAUUACUUUCUCCUCCAGUUUUUUUUCCUUAAAUAAUAGAGAUAAAACAAGGGAAAAUAGUUCUUUUUGCAGUGUUGUUGUCCGUUUAAAUAUGAAUGAAAUUUAGUUUAUGUUUUUCUUUUUUGCAUGAUAAAGUAAUUGUACUCUUCUUGUUUUCUCCCAGAGAAAGAGUCAUUUCUUUCUCUUCUUUUUCCUUUGCAUGUUAAACAAGAAACGC